UUAACAGCUGAAUGUUCAUAGAAAAGAGAUUACACUAUCCAGAUAAUAUCUUCGAAGACCUUGGGCCAUACUUAUCUAUUUUGUCAUGAUUUCAGAUUUAUCUCAUUCUCAUCAUUAUUCAUUGUCCAUUGAAUGAUUCGACAAUCAACAGGUUUAAAGCCGGUUAACAACCGCCACCGCGAUCCAUAAACGAAUGACGUAAUUUCGUGAUUGGUCUUGCUAAUUUCUAGUCACUAAAUAGUUUAUUUUGAACUUGUGAGUUGUUGUAAUAAUAUGUUAAAACUUAAAACUUAUCUACAAAUAAACUAGGAUAAACCAGUCGGAACUCGGAACUUAUCACGGUUUAAAUUAAUUGAAUUUGUAAUUAAAAAUAACUUAUAUUUCAAUGAUAUUUGUUGUACAUUAAUUGUUAAUAAAUAAAAACUUUAAUAUCUGUGCCCGUAAUUUAUAAUUUUAUAAAAUAUAUUGAUUUAAAUAUAAAAAUAUGGAGAGAAAAACUCGUAGGAUGAAAAUGAAGACAGUGGAAAGUUUAGUUUGUUUGGUAAAAUCAGUAGAAAAUCAAUAUACCACUAUUGAUUUACAAAACGAAACUUCUGUGUACGGACUUGUUAAAGAAGUAGAUUGUGAUAUGAAUGUGACCUUAUGCGAUGUUACUGUUACUGAUCCAAAUGGUCAACGAUAUUCUUGUGAUAAUUUCUUUUUAAAAUCAAGAUUGAUACGCUAUGUUCAUUUAUCUCAAACAGUUGAUGUAUUUCAAGUUAUGAAAGAUGUAAUUAGAAAAACCUUUCCUCCUCGAGUUAAGAAACCAACAGCUUAUUCCUUGAAGAGAAAGAAAGUAAUGGCUAGACAAGAAAAACUUAAAAGGGAAGUACAAAAUAUGAAUAAAGAAGGCUCUAAAUCCUAGUUAUGAUUUGGAAGACAAGUUGAGCAUACUUUGAGUAACUUUAUUCCAAAAAUCGUGUAAUAUGUUCAUUGUAAAUGAGUGAUGAUCGCCAGCUGUUACCAUUUGUUGAGCUGUUUGUUCCAUAUAAAUUGUCCACAACUAAUAAAUAAAUAAUUAUCACUAUAAUGUUUUGA